AUGCCUGAAAAAAUACAUCUGUCAUUAUUUGAUGUUCUUUUAGUUCCAUCGUUACUAGCAGCAUCAUCAAGAAAAACAAUACCAACGGAAACAGUCAAUGAUCCAACAUUGCUAAAAAUUGUUCGAAUACGACGAGCCGUCAAAGCCACAACAAAAGCCGCAACAACAAAAGCCGCAACAACAAAAGCCGCAACAACAGCAGCAGCAACAACAGCAGCCGUAACAACAAUAGCAAUAAAUAACUCUUCAACUACAACUUCAUCUACAAACAGUCUAUUCGAACAACAAGCAAUGACACAGACGAAUAUAGAUCGAGCAAAUUAUUGUGUUGCCCCUUUGACUAUCGAUCCAAAUGUGACAGCAAUUGCCAGAAAUUAUUCUCAGUAUUUGUGCAGGUCAUGGCCAGUCACUUCUUGGUAUAACGAGUCUGUCUAUUAUAACUUUUCAUCUCCUGGUUUCUCAGCUUCGACUGGACACUUUACUCAAUUGGUCUGGCAAUCUACAACUGUUUGUGGCAUUUCCAUCUGUUGUAUAUCAAAUAACACACAAUGUUAUGUUGUUGCCAAUUAUUAUCCUGCUGGCAAUUAUUUGAAUCAAUUCGCUCAAAAUGUUCUACAACCUCCAUGCCCCUCUGGCUAA